GAUGCUUUGCAUGUGGAAUGGAAAAUGGAUUCAGAGUUUAUAAUGCAGACCCACUCAAAGAAAAAGAGAAACAAGAAUUUCUAGAAGGUGGUGUUGGCCAUGUCGAAAUGUUGUUUCGUUGCAACUAUUUAGCACUAGUAGGUGGAGGAAAAAAGCCGAAGUACCCACCUAACAAAGUAAUGAUCUGGGAUGACCUGAAGAAGAAGACCGUCAUUGAAAUAGAGUUUUCUACAGAAGUCAAAGCAGUGAAGCUGCGAAGAGAUAGAAUUGUGGUAGUCUUGGACUCGAUGAUUAAAGUUUUCACAUUCACACAUAAUCCCCACCAGUUGCACGUCUUUGAAACCUGCUACAACCCUAAAGGUCUCUGUGUCCUUUGUCCAAAUAGUAAUAAUUCUCUUCUUGCAUUUCCUGGAACACAUACCGGGCAUGUGCAGAUAGUGGAUCUCGCUAAUACAGAAAAGCCUCCUGUUGACAUACCGGCUCAUGAAGGAGUCUUGAGCUGUAUAGCUUUAAACCUGCAGGGAACAAGAAUUGCAACUGCAUCAGAAAAAGGGACCCUUAUAAGAAUAUUUGAUACUUCAUCAGGGCAUUUAAUCCAGGAGCUCCGAAGAGGAUCACAGGCAGCCAAUAUAUACUGUAUCAACUUCAAUCAGGAUGCUUCCCUUAUCUGCGUAUCCAGCGACCACGGCACAGUACAUAUUUUUGCUGCCGAAGACCCCAAAAGAAAUAAGCAGUCAAGUUUGGCUUCUGCCACCUUUCUCCCCAAAUACUUCAGUUCCAAAUGGAGUUUUUCCAAAUUUCAGGUUCCCUCAGGCUCUCCGUGCAUUUGUGCCUUUGGAACGGAGCCAAACGCUGUCAUAGUUUCUAGAAAUGACGGAUGA